GUUGCAGUUUCCUGGCUCGCUCAGAGGUGUGCAGAAGCUCAGAGCGGCAUGUCAUGUCAACUGUUUGUUUCUGUCUCCGCUGAAAGUCCCUUUGUCCUAAGAGACGACAACAGUUCUCGGCAAGCGUCUGGGCCGAUGCCCACUGCCUGACGGAGAGAGGACGAAGACGCUGGACACUUCGGCUGGGCCAGACGAAGGGAGCGCAGCACAGGAGAGGGGGACAAAGAAGAGAGAGAAAAGAGGAGGAGGAGAGGGCAAUGGCGGCCCUCCUGAUGCGUAUCUUCCGUCUGGGUGCGGAGAAGAAACGCGUGAAGCAGUACGAGAACCUGCAGAGGGAUGUGGACCCUGCGGAGGCCUGGGAGACCCUCGGAGAACUGGGGGACGGAGCCUUCGGGAAGGUCUACAAGACACGCAACCGGGAAACCAACGCCUUCGCCGCUGCCAAAGUCAUCGAGGUGCGGGGCGAAGAACAGCUGGAGGAUUACAUCACAGAGAUCGACAUCCUGGCAGAGUGUCACCACGGCAACAUCAUCUCACUGCUGGACGCCAUUUUCUUUGAAGGCUGGCUCUGGAUCCUUAUUGAGUUCUGCCCUGGGGGAGCAUUAGAUGACAUCAUGCUUGAGCUGGAGCGGGGUCUGAAUGAGCAGCAGAUCAGUGAGGUGUGUUGCCAGUCUCUGCAGGCGCUCUCCUACCUGCAUCAGCACCACAUCAUCCACAGAGACCUCAAGGCUGGCAACAUUCUGCUGACCAUGGAAGGAGUCGUCAAACUGGCUGAUUUCGGAGUGUCUGCUAAAAAUGACUAUUCCCUCCAAAAGCGAGCGACGUUCAUCGGCACACCAUACUGGAUGGCCCCUGAAGUGAUCUACUGUGAGACGUCGAAGGACAACCCGUACACCAGCAAGUCAGACAUCUGGUCCAUGGGCAUCACACUGAUCGAGGCUGCGGAGAUGGAGCCCCCCCACCACUCGCUCAACCCCAUGAGGGUGCUGCUUAAGAUCACCAAGUCCCCUCCACCCACCCUCGCCAACCCACGCCUCUGGUCGUCACACUUCCAGGACUUCCUGCGUCGUGCGCUGCAUAAGACUCCGGAGUCGCGCUGGGGUGCCCAGCAGCUGCAGACACACCCCUUCUCCUGCGCCGGACGUGACGGGCGCAGCCUUCGGGACCUCAUUGCCGAGGCCAAGGCCGAGGUUACAGAGGAAUUCGAGGCUGAGUCUCUGCUGGAUAUCCACAGCGCUGUAGAGGGCAGCACUGAGCAGGAGAAAAGACCAUCUGUGUGUGGAGAGAAGAUUGAGGACUUGGUGACCCAGGAGACACCUGAGGCCACUUCACCCAGUAUUGCCCCUGAACCUCCAGCACCAGAACCCCCCACUCCAGAACCUCCCACUCCAGAACCUUCUACUCCGGAAUCCCCAGCCCCGGAAUCCCCCCCUGUGGAACCAGCAACACAGAAUGUUCAGAACGUUGGCACGGCAACAUCCAGGAAGAGUUCGUCAGCGGGGGACAAGGCCCAGAAGAGGGCCAGGCGCCGGUCAGUACCAGGCACACUGCUGUCCUUCCUGUCCCGACGCAAAUCCGGCUUCUGGAGCGAGAACCCUCUGUCCUCUGGGGCAAAGCAGCAGGACGCCCCCAAAGCCAGCCAAGAGGAGGGCUCCGACAUCGCUCCCGCUGCAGCACAGGCCGAACCUGCCCAGGACACCGUGGAUGGCACCUCAGAGGACCAUGACGUGCCUGCAGUCUCUGGGGCCAUAGUAGAGAAGUCGGACACCACCGUGGAGAUGGAUGGAGCAGUGGGACAGACGCUUGGACAUGCGGAAGCAGAAGUGUGUCAGCCACAUCCAUUGGAUACACACACACCUGCUGCAUCAGAUACACACACACCUCCGUCAGAUACACACACACCUUUGUCAGAUACACACCCACCUCCUGCACCAGACACACACACACAUCCUCCAUCAGAAAAACACCCACCUCCUCCAUCAGAAACACACACAUCUCCUGCAUCCAACACACCCACACCUCCUUCAUCAGAGAUACACUCAUCAGUUCCUGCAUCCCAGACAGAUCCACCCCCUGCAUCAGACACCCAGAGUGGUGCUGAAACACUAGUCAUUGUGGGCCCAGACGCGCCCCUUCCUGUUACGCCACAAACCUCAGACAGUGGUGGCAACACCAAUCCCACACAGGACGUGAUGCAAGCCCAGCUAUCUGCGCAGAGCUCCGCUCCAUUGACACUGACCUCCCAGCCAAUCAGCAUCUGCGACUCAUCAGUUGCCCAGAUGACGGAGUGUGACGACAAAGGAAGUCCUCUGCUUCCUGCCCUCACACUGGAAAAGCCCCAGACUGCCCCAACGCAGGAGCACACGGGGCCAGUUGCUGGGGACUACCUGGACCUGGCCUCCAGCCCGAGGCCUGCCAGCGAGCAGGAUGCCAGAGGCGUGAGCAAGCAUCCGCCGCUAGCGGACCUUACGGCUGACGCCAGUGAAGACCAGCAUAAGCUAGGAAAGGAGGGAGAGCAGAGAAGUGGACACCCGUCGUGGGGGGAGGAGGAGGAGGAGGAGGGACAGGGCCGGAGGGAGGGUGGAGGUGCCCCAGGACAGAGAGAGGAAGGGGACGAGGUGGAGGAGGCGGGUAAGAAGCCAGAAACUGCCCCUGAGACCCAGGUCACCAGCACUGAACCCAAGGUCACCCAAGCGGAGCCCAAGGAGGGCUCACUACUGCCAGAGGACAUGACAGACACUGGAAUAUCUGCAGAGGCAGACAAUGAAAUGUCCACUGAGCAGGUUCCCUCUGACGGAACAUCUGCAGAGGCAGACAAUGAAAUGUCCACUGAGCAGGUUCCCUCUGACGGAACAUCUGCAGAGGCAGACACUGAAAUAUCCACUGAGCAGGUUCCCUCAGACGGAACAUCUGCAGAGGCAGACACUGAAAUAUCUACUGAGCAGGUUCCCUCAGAUGGAACAUCUGCAGAGGCAGACACUGAAAUAUCUACUGAGCAGGUUCCCUCAGACGGAACAUCUGCAAAGGCAGACACUGAAAUGUCCAGUAAGCAGGUUCUCUUAGAUGGAGAGGCUGUUGAGAAAAAAGGACAGGAGUGUCCAGAGGAGAGUCUAGAGGCGGUGCAGGAAGUGCAGGUCAUGGUGUCAGGUAGUGAGAGUUCAGAGCUCCGUCCAGGUGAGAGCCCACAGGUGGAGGAAGGAGCACAGGUGACAGACAGCACUGAUGAAGCCAGCCAGGUGGUCGAGAGAGACCUGAGUGAGGGGGAGAGUCCACCUGAGGAUACAGGUACUGGAGAAGGACAGGAGGAGAGUGGGGGGUCGUCUGAACUCCAUAACAGACAGGAAGAAGAAGUUAUUGACAAGGCGCUGGAGGACAGUGAAGCUGAAGGCCCGGGGAGGGAGAGCGAGAGAGAGGAACAAGAGAGGACGCAAGCGGACGCAGACACCACGAGGGAGCAGAGAGACACUCCCUCUGAGAAGAGCGCGGAGACGCCACCGCUGAAAUCCACCAAGAAGGUGAGCUUCGAGGUGUCGACGGAACCCCCGAGAGGUCAGGAGGGGGGCACUGAGCGCUCAGACAAGUCGCUGCUCAAUGGAGACGCCCCCGAACCCCCCCUCUCACCCGCAAAUGGUAGCUCCCACCACACGGACCCCAAGCGGCCCCCUAACAUCAACACUGAUGUCCAGAGCCACAUCCUGGACCGAGAGAAGAGCCCCAUGUCGCCAGGACCUGAUGGGGAGUUGGUCCCCAACCGGCGCACUGUGAAGAAGACCCGGAAGUUCAUGGUGGAGGGGCGCGAGGUCAGCGUCACGACCUCUAAGGUCAUCAAUGGAGAGGACAAGAAGGAGGAGCAGAUGCGCUCAGUCAGGCGUCAGGAGCUGCACGCCCUGAAGCAGCUCCAGAGAGAGGAGCAGAGGGAGUACACACAGCUGGAACAGAGACUACAACAGCAGAGGGAACAGAUGUUCCGUCACAUCGAGCAGGAGAUGACCAGUAAGAAGUCUUACUAUGAUGGUGAGUUGGAGCGUGUGGAGAGGCAGUACCAGCAGCAGAGCGGGCGUAUGGAGUUGGAACACACGGCCCGUCUGACGGAGGAGGCGCGGAGACUCAAAGCCCAGCAGGAGAAGGAGCUCAGCCGCCGUGGGGCCAGCAAGAGUGACCCCAAAGAGGAGCAGCGUUUCCUGCAGAAGCAGCAGCAGGAGUUGAAUGAGGCGCUGCAGAAAGCUGUGCAGGAACACAAGAGGAAGCUCACCUCCUUUGAGUGGGAGAUCACAGACAAAAUCAGACAGCUGAAACGAGCUCGAGAGUCUGUGAUCUGGGAGCUGGAACAACGCCACCUGCAGGAGAAGUACCACCUGUUCAAGCAGCAGGUGAAAGAGCAGUACUCGCUCCAGCGGCAGCAGGUCAUCAAGAGGCACAAUAAGGAUAAGGAACGUGCGUCCCGGUUCCACCAGUCUCUGAUGGAUGAGCAGAAAGCCCAACAGAACCAGGAGAGGUCCCAGUUCCAGAGGACCCAGCGGGCCGAGGCCAAGACUCGACUCAGCACCUUCAAGGUGGAGCUGAGGAAGCAGGGGCUGAAUGGGGCCGAGCACAGGCAGCGCCUCACACAGUACCUGGUGGACGAGGAGAGCAGGCAGCGGCAGGAGAGGCAGGCCCUGGUGCAGACUCAGGAGGUGCAGCUGAAGGAGGUGCAAGACCAGUGUGAUGCCAACAUCGCAGAGCUGCAGCAGCUACAGAAUGAGAAGCUGCAGCUGUUGCUGGACAUGGAGAAGAGAAAGAUUAAGGGUCUGGAGGAUGAACACACUCUGGAGCUGGACGAGUGGAGGAAGAAGCUGGCCUGCAGGAAAGAGGCUUUAGAGGAGGACCUGGCUCGCCGGCGCAGGGAGAAGGAGGGAGGUCGUGGCACUGGCACGAGACGAGGGAGUGAACCCGAGAACAGACCUGCAGCACGCCGACCAAAGUUCUUCCCCAGUCUCAGUUUUUCUUAAUCCAAGACUAUACUUCAGUCUACCUACAGAACUCUCUGACACACAUGCACACACAUACUGAGCCAGACACACACUCAUAGGCACACUCUGAAAACAAAGAAUGAAAAUGCAGAAAUAUUAUGAAUAUGUAAAUAAAUAUUUUGUUUUAUGAAUCUAUUAAA